UACAUAUUUGUACAAAUCAAUCAGAACCGAAUCGUAUGACUCUACAGGAUUUGGAAAUAUUAGUGAGCCAACUAGCGGUGUGUGACGACGCAACCGGCAAAAUGAUGUCCAGAACCUUUAGAUACGUCAAACUGAUCUACAUAGUGGCGGGUAUUUUGAUGAGCAACGAAAAAGUUUGCGAAUCCGUCGACAAAAUGCAAAUCACACCGCGUGUCGAAGUCAAGCAGAUACUUCAGCCAAAGAAAGUCUACAAGGGAGUUGAGAAAGCAUCGAGGAAUUGGUUUCGCAGCUCCUAUUGCUUCAUAGUGAGUCGAAUUAAGCAGCGUGCAGCGCCAUUGUUGAGCAUCUUCAACAUUUGGACCAUACCCAAUUAUUUGGUGGACUGCACAACGAAUUUCAUUAGCAAACAAUUCAUCGGCAGCGAUUGUGAUAUGAUUUAUAAUAGAUAAAUUUUAUCAAAAUCAAUUGAAUAAUAUUUAAUUAAUGUAUGUAAAAGGGAGAUUAGGCGCUUAACGCCUAGGUAUUAUACCUUCUUAAUUGCAUAGAGGGUAUACUUAUAUUUGAACAUAGUAAUUUAAUUUAUAAAUAUAAUUUUAAGUUAGAAUCGGUAAGAUGCAAUUUGCUACUUUCUCUCAUAGUUUUAAGAUUUUUCAAUUCAACAUUGACACCAAUUCAAUUUGAGACAUUUAUUAAUACAUAUAAAUAUGUAUGCGUAAGUCGAGUACUUAGUUGCAAGUACAUACAUAUGUAUUUAGUUUAUUUUUAUUAUU